AUGUAUGGGUUAGCUCAGCAUGCUCUCCUGACAACACGGAGCUGUGCCCAUGCUGUAUUUACGAGGAAUGCGCAAAUAAAACGCAGCUUGAGUGAAGUCCAAAACUCAUACGACUAUGUCAUUAUCGGAGGUGGAGCGAGCGGUCUCACAGUGGCCGACCGGCUGAGUGAAGAUCCUUCCAAGACUGUACUUGUUGUCGAAUUCGGCUACUUAGCAGAAAAUAACCGAUGUGUUGACUGGCCAAGAAAUGUUUUCAACGGGUAUGGACCAUGUAUCCAAUUCGCGUUCAAUAUUACCACAGCACCUAUCCCAGGAUUGAACAACUUUGUGAUCCCUAGCUUUGCAGUCGGUGCAGUCGUCGGAGGUGGGACAGCAAUUAAUGGCAUGUACAUCCCUAGGGCUAGCAAAGCAGACUACGAUGCCUGGGAAGAGCUUGGAAACCCUAGUUAG